CGUCAUCUGUUUCAAUGGUGCGCCUCUCCUCACCCCCUUUUGGUUACCAGUCACCUUCAGGCCGGUCAGAGGAGGGAAGAGUGGGGAACAUGAAGUCAGCCAAGCCCCAGGUGAACCACAGUCAGCAUGGGGAAAGCCAGCGGGCCCUGAGCCCCCUGCAGUCUGCUCUCGGUUCUGCUGCAUCUCCAACCCAGGCCUAUGAGACCUACAUCGACAACGGGCUCAUAUGCCUUAAACACAAAAUUAGAAACAUCGAGAAAAAGAAGCUCAAACUGGAAGAUUACAGGGAUCGCCUGAAAAAUGGAGAGCAGCUUAAUCCAGAUCAGCUGGAAGCAGUAGAGAAGUAUGAAGAAGUGCUACAUAAUUUGGAAUUUGCCAAGGAGCUUCAGAAAACCUUUUCUGGAUUGAGCCAAGACCUACUGAAAGCGCAGAAAAAGGCCCAGAGGAGGGAGCACAUGCUAAAACUUGAGGCUGAGAAGAAAAAGCUUCGAACUAUACUUCAAGUUCAGUAUGUAUUACAGAAUGUGACACAGGAACAUGUACAAAAAGACUUCAGAGGGGGCUUGAAUGGUGCAGUGUAUUUGCCUUCAAAAGAACUUGACUACCUCAUUAAAUUUUCAAAACUGACCUGCCCUGAAAGAAAUGAAAGUCUGAGUGUUGAAGACCAGAUGGAGCAGUCAUCCUUGUACUUUUGGGACCUUUUGGAAGGUAGUGAGAAAGCAGUGGUAGGAACGACAUAUAAGCACAUGAAAGAUCUGCUGUCUAAACUACUGAACUCAGGCUAUUUUGAGAGUAUCCCAGUUCCCAAAACUGCUAAGGAAAAAGAAGUAUCUUUGGAAGAAGAAAUGCUAAUACAAUCAGAAAUGAAAAAACAAUUAGUGAAGACUGAAUCUAUCAAAGAGUCAGAGACUCUUACGGAACUUACACAGCCAGAGAUACAACCACAGGAGUUUCUUAACAGACGCUAUAUGAGAGAAGUAGAUUGUUCAGACAAACAAGACAAAGAGCAGACUUGGGAAGCCGAUUAUGCUAGGAAACCAAAUCUCCCCAAAUGUUGGGAUAUGCUUAAUGAAUCUGAUAGUCAAGAGAAGAAACAAGAAUCUUUCAAGUCUCCCAUUAAGCAACAGGAGGUAUCAAAGCCUGUGGUUUCCUUGGAACAGAGAAAACAAGAGAUUCCAAAACUCAGGUCAACUCUACAGGAGGAGCAGAAGCAGCAGGAGAUCUCCAAACCCAAGCCGUCUCCCAGCCAGUGGAAGCAGGAAACGCUGAAGUCCAAAGAGGAUCAGAAGAAGGAGACACCAAAGCCUUGGCCAGCUCAGCUGCAGAAGGAACAGGAUCCAAAGAAGCCCACGCAAAAGUCCUGGGCACCUGUGCAGACUGAGCAGAAUGUCAGCAAGCAGUGGACCACACCCAUGUGCGAGGAUCAGGAUGCUAAGCAGCCGGCCCCGGCCACUUCAGAACCCUGGGGCCACAGUGCUGAGAGUCAGAAACACUCCGUAGCGCCACAGCCUCAGAUUUCUCCCAAGUCCUGGGGAGUCGCUGCAGCAAGCCUCAUUCCAGAGGAGAAGCUGCUGCCCAGGAAGCUCACACCAGAGCCCAAAGAUGUGCCUAAGCCCGUGCCUCAGCCUCUAGGUUCUUCCUCUGCCCUUCCAAAGGAUCCAGUACUAAGGAAAGAAAAACUGCAGGAUCUGAUGACCCAGAUUCAAGGAACUUGUAAUUUUAUGCAAGAAUCUGUUCUGGAUUUUGACAAACCUUCAAGUGCAAUUCCAUCAUCACAGCCGCCUUCAGCUUCUUCAGGUAGCCCAGUAGUUUCUGCAGUAUCUACAGAACAAAAUCUGACCAGUCAAAGUGAUUUUCUUCAAGAGCCAUUACAGGCAGCAGUUCCUCCAAGCAAGCCACUGGUGAAGCUAGGGAAGUCCUCACUAGCUUCUUCAAGUCCUCCCAUGUCAAAGGGCUCUGAACAGGGCUUCCAGUCGCCUCCUGCAAGCAGUAGUUCAAUGACCAUUAACACAGCACCCUUUCAAGCCAUGCAGACAGUAUUUAACGUUAACGCACCGCUGCCUCCACGGAAAGAACAAGAAUUAAAGGAAUCCCCUUAUUCGCCUGGUUACAAUCAGAGUUUUACUACAGCAAGUACACAAACACCACCCCAGUGCCAACUGCCAGCUAUACAUGUAGAACAAACUGUCCUAUCUCAAGAGACGGCUGCAAAUUACCAUCCUGAUGGAACUAUUCAAGUAAGCAAUGGUAGCCUUGCCUUUUACCCAGCACAGACGAAUGUAUUUCCUAGACCUGCUCAGCCAUUUGUCACCAGCCGGGGAUCUGUGCGAGGCUGUGCGCGUGGCGGGAGGUUACUCACCAAUUCCUAUCGGUCCCCUGGCGGUUACAAAGGUUUUGAUACUUAUAGAGGACCUCCUUCCAUUUCUAAUGGAAAUUAUAGCCAGCUGCAGUUCCAAGCUAAAGAAUACCCUGGAACACCUUAUUCCCAAAGGGAUAAUUUCCAGCAGUGCUAUAAACGAGGAGGGACACCUGGUGGUCCUCGGGCAAAUUCAAGAGCAGGGUGGAGUGAUUCUUCUCAGGUGAGCAGCCCGGAAAGAGACAACGAAACCUUCAACAGUGCUGACUCUGGCCAAGGAGACUCCCGCAGCAUGACCCCUGUGGAUGUGCCAGUGACAAAUCCCGCAGCCACCCUACUGCCAGUACACGUCUAUCCCUUGCCUCUGCAGAUGCGAGUUGCCUUCUCAGCAGCCAGAACCUCGAACCUGGCCCCUGGAACCUUAGACCAGCCCAUUGUGUUUGAUCUUCUUCUGAACAACUUGGGAGAGACGUUUGAUCUUCAGCUUGGUAGAUUCAGUUGCCCGGUGAAUGGCACUUACGUUUUCAUUUUCCACAUGCUAAAGCUGGCAGUGAAUGUGCCACUGUACGUCAACCUCAUGAAGAAUGAGGAGGUCUUGGUGUCAGCCUAUGCCAACGAUGGUGCUCCAGACCACGAAACUGCUAGCAAUCAUGCAGUUCUUCAGCUCUUCCAGGGAGACCAGAUAUGGUUACGUCUGCACAGGGGAGCAAUUUAUGGGAGCAGUUGGAAAUAUUCUACAUUUUCAGGCUAUCUUCUUUAUCAAGAUUGAAAGUCAGUGCAGAAUUGACAGUAAAAGGAUGGUGUUCAAAUUAGUAGGACUGAAGGAAAAGUGGUUCUUGACCUGGUGACCAAUGGCUUAGGAAAAUGUAUUCGUUCUAGAGGAAGGAGGAAGUCCUCACUGUUUUGUUUUCCUCCCCAGGUGAAAAUUUUCAAGCUGAAUGACAAUUAGCACUAAUCUGGCACUUUAUAAAUUGUGAUGUAGCCUCGCUAGUCAAGCUGUGAAUGUAUAUUGUUUGCACUUAAUCCUUUACUGUAUUAAUGUUCAGCUUACUAAACUGACUGCCUCAAGUUCAGGCGAGUUAUAAUGCCUUGUUGUGCCUCAAUAAAAAAGUUACCUGCACCUUUA